AUCGUUCGAACCUUUAAAGGCAGCCAAAGAUCUUCAAUUUAAUCAGGAUUACUGUCAGCUUAAAUCUUCUUCAGCCUCUCUCAUGUUGAUUUAUUAGCGCCUCCUACUUGGCUGUUGUCCAGUCAUAUCCUCUCUUCAUCCAUCAGUCGUCCAAUAAAUUUAAAAUCUCCACAAGACAACGCCCUCCUGGUUCACAUCGGCCAAUCAGGAAGGCUUAUCGAUGCAGCUCCCGGCCUGACUCACGCAGGAGCCAAUCGUUUAACCACAAGCUUCCUUUACCAGCCCAAGUAGCCAAAAUGCACCACAGCAGCAGCAGCAGCAGCAUUAUGAUGCUAUGUAAAAUUGGAGAUGUUGCUCUCUGUGCCAAAAAAUCACCUGCAUGUGAACAGCAACAAGCCUUUACACCACUCAAACCAUCCGUCCUGACUGCAUGAGGAGACUGUUCGUAGAAAAGCAGCAGGAGAUAAGAGAGGAGGAAGCUCGUUGUUGUCAUACGAGCAAUCUCUCCCAUGUUUCCUGCCCUGCUCUGCUUUGACAAAGUAUGAAAAAGAAAAUAGAGUUGACAACCCCCCGCGAGACAUUUCAGGCCUGCACAGGAGAGCGUAACACAAGGAUUGAAGCACAAUGAAAGUCAGUGCUGCAAAGGGGGACCACACGUGGGCGACCAUGUUGGGUCAGAGCGUGCGGUUGCAGCCGGUGCCCAUCCAGAGUCUGUCGGAGCUGGAGAGAGCCCGAUUACAGGAAGUGGCCUUGUACCACCUGGAAGAGAGAGACCUAGACUUCAAGAUCAGCAUCCCAAAAGAAAUACGCAAGCGGAGAAAAUCUCUGCGGAGGAAGUUUGACUCCUUCUCAAAGGAAAAGAAAGAGCGAGAAUCGGCCCCCAAGGCGUUCGGCAUCCCCCUCUCCCAGGUCAUCGCCAACGACCGGGCCUACAAGCGGCGGCAGGAUGCCCUGAAGGAGAGCAGGCGGGACUGCCUGGACCUGGAGGCCAGCAUCCUGCGCUUCAGGGCCGAGAAGAGGCAGUUCUUCAGCGGGAACAAGCCGCUGGUCAGCUCCUCGUCCAUCACAGGAGGAGGUCCCUGUUCGCCUUCUGCAAACUCGGUGGCACCGGCGCCCAUUUAUGAGAACCAGAACAAACCGUUGUCACCUACUUUUGUGGACAACAGCGGCCGACAGAGGAGGGGCGGUCUGUCCGUGGACUCCAUCUCCGACCUUGUAGAUAGUCAGUCUCGCCUGCUGGAGGCGCUGCAGCUUUCCCACCCGGCCGAGCUGGAGCUGAAGAAGGCGGCGGGCGGCUCGACGGAGGGGAGGACCCAGACGAAGCUCAGCCUCAACCCCAUCUACAGACAGGUGCCCCGGGUGCUGGAGAGGUGCUGCAGCCACAUCGAGAACCACGGUCUUCAGACUGUGGGAAUUUUCAGAGUUGGCAGCUCUAAGAAGAGAGUGAGACAGUUGAGGGAGGACUUCGACAUUGGCGUGGACGUCCAGCUGGACGAGGAGCACAGCGUCCACGACGUGGCGGCGCUGCUCAAAGAGUUCCUCCGAGACAUGCCUGAUCCUCUGCUGCCCCGAGAGCUGUACCCCGCCUUCCUGCACGCCAACUUGCUGAGGGGAACAGACCAGCUGCAGUACCUGCAGCACCUCCUCUACCUGCUGCCUCCCUGUAACUGUGACACCCUGCUGAGGCUGCUCAGCCUGUUACACACCGUGCAGAGCUUCGCCCAGGACAGCGUGGGGACCAACGACGAGGAGAUCCCUGGGAACAAGAUGACGGCGGCCAACUUGGCGGUGAUCUUCGGGCCCAACCUGCUGCAGAGGGAACGAGGAUCAGACUCGAGUCCUCACAUCUGCGCCAUGGGCAUCGAGGACAGCACGGCCAUCAUCAGCGUGACGCUGGUGCUCGUACAGAACUACAAGAGGCUCUUCACGGUUUCUGCAGAGCUGCAGCAGGAGGUCCUGAUGAGUCUGAUCCAGACCGACCCUGACAUCAUCGACUACCUGCUGCGAAGGAAGCUCAGCGGCAGUCAUCUGACGGUGGACAGCGUCAGCGAGUCGGGGGGUCGGCGGGACACGGGAGCGUCUCUGGACUCCGUGGGAGCCUCCAGCGGGAGUUUGUCCCCUCUGGAGCCGCCGUCGCCGCUGUUCCCUCCGGACGGCAGCGGCGGCGAGGGCAGCCUGACCAGCGAGGUGUUCCUCAACGUGCUCAAGCUGAACCAGAGCAGGAAGAGACAGGACGUGAGAUACGGUGACGUCCCUCCAGGUAAAUCCAUCCGCCACAUGCGACAGUUCCACUCCCACCACAACCUGCUCAGCCUGGCCCAGCCCUCCUCCUUCUCCAGGCUCCACAGUCAGGACUCCCAGGACUCCCAGGAACGCCGGGGCACGCUGAGCUCGGCGCUGAGCUUCACCCUGGGCGGAGGCGGAGGCAGCGCCAGCGGCAGCUGCUCCAGCCUGACCGGGUCGACCGAGAGCAGCAUCUGGGUGAAACAGACGCCACAGGAGGAGAGCAAACCGUCACCGGCCGCCAACUUCUGGGACUUCUUCACCGGGAAAGGGUCGAGCUCGGAGACGAUGGUAUGAUGAAGGGCGAUGAAGAGGAGGGAGAUGAAGUGUGAGGUCAGAGGUCAAAGGACAUGUUACAUUCACAGGGACGACCUUUAAAAAAAAAAAAAAAAAAAAAAACAGAAGUCAAGAGUACUUCUGGUGAUGUCACAACGAGGCCAGACGAUCCCUAAAUCACCGACGUGAACUUUCAGCUCUGAGGUGCAGAUCUUUUGAGUUGGAAGUUGGAAUUUUCCCACUUUUUCUGGCACGUCUGGAACGCAUCACGCCUGUGAACUCAACACCAGGAAGAAGAAGAACAAAAAGUUGGAAAAAUUGAAGAAAAAGAAAAACAGAAAAAGUUGUUUUUAUUAUAAGACAUUUUGGAUUCAUGUUGGAAAAAGACUUUGAUGAAGAAGAGAUUGUGUUGAAGUGGACGCAGUAACAACUGAUGUAAAUACUAUAAUCAUGAUUUUACACAUGAACAACACUCUGCCUGUACUACCUACAUGACUAACCAUAGCUGCAUGGAUCCUCUAACACCCUGUUAUCUACCAGACUCCCUUUGGUUUUCUGUUGUUUUAGUGUUACCUGCAAUAAGCUCCAUUCUCUUUUAAUCUUGAAUUUACAAUUCAGCUAUCAGCAGAAUGACUGAAAACUCUUGAAGACGCCUCGGCAAUGGAAAUAUUAGCCAGAAAGUAGAUUCCUGUGUGCAGCUCAGUGAGUGUUCAUUUGGUGAUUUUGACAAAGACAGGACAUUAUUUGGCCUCUGAAAACUGCUCAGAUUUGACUCGUCUUACUCUGGACUGACAUGAAUUUGACUACAGCCUCGACGGAAAGUAUGAAAACUGUUUCAACACAAUUUAUUGACACAACACCCUUAAAAAACAGAGUAUACCAAAUGUUUUGACAAAGUAAAAGCAGUAUACUGAUUGGAAAAAACAACCUUUGAUGUUUUUUGUAUCGCAAAUCACCAGCUGAACGCUCACAUGUAGCAUCUUUUUAGCAUCUCAGUGGGGGAACGUCAGCUGUGGGUCUGUUUCAAAGGGGGCUGGAUCCUCAUGAACGGUCAGGCUGGACCUGCUUCUGCUCCCAGAAUGAGUCAAAACUUAAAGGAUGAGUUGAUCAACCUGCAGAUUUAUACACUGACGAGGAGACACACACACGUUACUACCUUCUUUUCACCACAAGAGGGCGACAUCCACCAAGUCAGCUCCACCUUUAACACCUCUAACUGCUUUUUCCUCCCAUGUACAGACUCACGUCACAUCAGAGAAAAAACAUAUUAGCUUUGAAAACUGUGCAGGUGUUUUGUUAGAGCUCCGUGUUUCCAUUGUUGCACAGAGUCCGUCCUUCACCUCAGCCGGUGGACGUAUCGUUACGGAUUCCUCGUAGAGAAAUCUGUCUUGUUUAUGGUCUUUUAUUUUUGUCAGUGACAUGUUUUUUUUUUUUGUUUGUUUUUUUCUAUAUUGUUGUAAAAAAACAACCCAUCAAGGUGUGUUCAGACCCUAAACCAGAGAGAAUGUACCAUCAAACCUGCAGAGAAUUAAAUGUCAAACAGCCUCUGA